AUGGCCUUCAGUAACCGGACCUGGGUCGUUAUCAGCCGAUACUGCGAUAUUGGAGAUGGUGUAGACUCCCUUGAGGGCCACAUUCAUUCCCUGUGGUAUAUGUACUACGAGCUUGGCCGAAACAUCUCCUCCGAGUCACCUGAACAUGAGGGAAUAGUCCUCGAUAUCCUCCGCAUUCAAGGAAUGGGGCCGUUGACUAGACCUGUACGCGGAGUAUAUGGGAUUGAUAUCGCGAGAACCGUCGACGGAACACUGUGGAACGAUCUCCCCUUCUUGGUUGGCGAUAUGACCAAUUUCUGGGUCAAUCAUGCUGCUUCAAUGUCGGGAACACACCGUCUCAAUUUUGCAACAUUCCUGGCUAAACUUGCAUCCACUCGUGUUGUUAAGGAUAGGCUGUGCCAAGUUGCUCUUCUGAUCUUCCGUACUCUCUUUGAAAGCCCUCAAGCCCUUCGCACUGGAGAAGAGCCAGACGACGAAGACCUCAACCGAGGUACCAAGCAGCUUGAGGUCUUUCAUCUGUUACCAGCUGCUGUUGCUUGGCUGAGAAUCGCAUGCCACAACCUCCUUUUGCUAUCAGAAGUGUAUUGGAACGACUGCCCUAGCCACAUCAGCAAGGGUGGCGAGGAGUUCCUCGAAUCGGAGUUCGGACAGCGAUCACCUGCUGGAUUCUCGCCAUGGAGAUACAUGUUCUGGCUCAAGCGACUUCAUGAGAUUCAGGAAGAAGCUAAGGAGGCCAAUGAGAAAGCCCUGGAGGAACUUGCCACUGAUGGCAUCCAGGCUUACAAGAAUGGUGGUAAUGCCCUGCAUCAGGAUAAGCAUCUUUCGUGCCUAAAGCGCCUUGCCCACGUUGAGGAGCCAGAGUCGUAA